GAUAGAAACUGAUGUGUGUGUAAUCACGAAAUGUUUUCAUUGGCUUUUGAAAUGUUUUUUAAUUGACAUGGCAGCUCCAUAUCACUUGAAAAUGCUGAUGUGUCAGCUGCUGGAGACAGAAUUGUGCUAUUUAUUAUUGAAGAAAAAAAAGAACUAGGGUUGUUCGUUUGUAUCAGAACGCCGCGAGGUCAUAUCUGAUUCGAGAGGAGCUAUGUAUAUGGGGCAUGAUCUUCCAGAUUGGACUACAAUGGAUAUAAAAGCCUAUUUGCUAUACGAGCCUGGUUGUGAGCCUAGGAAUAUGCAUAUUCCGUGUAUUAGACGAGGUGAGGAUGAAGGGCCUUAUUACACACACGAAGAAGAGGAACGCCUCAUUAACAAACAAUUCGAGGAGAGCAAGGGGUUCGACAUAGAUUUUAAGCAGUUCCGAUACGUUUUUAACUACAAACCUCUUGAUUUUGAUGACGACGAGAUGGCCAUUGAACCAGAAACCACCAGAGAGUUAAUGGACAGGCUCUCUCGUGAAUCCCUCGAGAAAUACAAUGAAAAGGAGGCUACACACUAUGAAUUUGUGAAGGUUACCAAGGCCAAUUAUUACAAUUCAGCUACAGCUGCCACAGUGUAUUUCAUUACCUAUCAAGGUAAGGCUCCUUCCUAUGAUGAGCCUAGAGACUUCCGAGCUAAGGUCGUCCAUAACUAUCAUACACCAGCCAAGUACAUCUCCUGCGAAAUGAAGCCUUGCAAAAAUGUUCACUUCAUUGAAAAUGCCGAGAAAGAAGAUGUCAAGAGAACCAAGAUUGACAAAUGUGAUAUCUAAUGUCUAAGACUGUAUGUGAGAUUCAAGGACACAUCUGGCUCGACUUCUCCUAUAUGCGUUGUAAUAUGUUGUGUCACAUUUUAGUCGUCUCAGUGAAACUGGACACUUUUGGAUGUUUAAAAUGUUUUGGAGAUUUCAUGUCUUCAAAUUUCAACUAAGAAAAUAUGUAAAAAUCAAAACAAAAAUAUAUGACAUGCAAAAUCAUGGCAAGGCUAUUCA